CACGUGACCACAGCGCUUCCCUAUUUUUUUCUCAGAGCUUCUUUUGAGCUCAUCAAACUUGUCCAAAGUACUAAAGAAGAUUAAAGUCCAAAAAUCAUCGAAUUGAACUAGCAAUGUCAUCCGCCGAGGAAUCUCUUUUCAUCUCCCAGGUCCUGGCUGUCUAUGCAGGUCAGUCUACCAAAUUCCCUGCUGACUACAUUCCCCCUGGCCUUGCACCCAAUUGGACUUCAAAGAGAGCCACUUUCGAAAGGCCUGCCAAGCCCGUGAAAGCCGGGGCUCCAGAAGGAGAUAUCCAAGUGACAAUCAAAUCGCUCAAAUCAGGACAGUGGACGGUCAGUGUUCCGGCACAAGGAACAAUUGCAGAUCUGAAGCAGGCUUUUCAGGCCAAGUCUGGGAUUGAGGUUGCAGCUCAGAGAUUAGUACUCAAAGGAAAAGCAUUGGUGGAUAGCAAGAGUUUAGAGGAUUAUGGUCUCAUGACAGGGUCAGUUGUUCAUCUGUUUUCAAAGGCUGGUGGUACUUCCGCUGCAGCAGCUGAAGGAACUUCAGUAACAGCAGACGCGGCUACAGCACCUACAUCUCUCUCAUCUUCAGCUACUGCUGUCGCCGCUACUCAAGAGUCUGAAAAUGCAGGAACCCCAACACAAGCAUCAACAACUAAAAAGCCCCUAUUAACCUCAUAUAGGGGACUUUCAGAGAAAGGUACAGCUAUUGCAAAGGAAGCCGAGUUUUGGUACUGGCUGAACAGUCAAUUGAGGGAUAAACUGGGUUCUAAAGAGGAUGCAGCCUUGAUGACUAAAGGCUUCUUAGGCCAAUACCGUGACUUAGUUGGCAAUGCGGCAACAAAGGAUAUUGAGAAAGAAAUUGUAAAGAAAUAAAAAUAAGAGACAAGGAAAUAUCUUCUUUCUUUCUUAAUUAUAACAAAC